AUGACAACGGCACUUGACUCUCAUAGCAUCGGGGACCCAACUGAAUCGAAGUGGGACUCGUUAAAGCGGUCCGACUCGAGCGAGCUGCUGGCGGUGUCCCCCGGGCGCCGGCGUCACUGGUCGCCGAACAAGCCGAACGGCGCCGCCCCUGCCUCCGCUCCAAACGCCUUCGGGGCAGUCGGCGCCAACGGCGCGCCCAGGGGCAAGAGGAUCUCCAGGGUCGAGUCGCUCCGGAAUCUAUUCGCGCGUUCCGAGCACAAGUACACGACGUCGGUGCCGGCGAGGGCCGCGCCCAGGGCCCGUCCACCGCCGGCCGCCGCGCCGGCUGCCCCCACGGACAGCGACUGGGUCAAGGAGGAGUGCCAGCGCGGGCUGGCGGACCUGUACGAGCAGGACACGCUGCUGCUGGGCCCCGCCGCCGGCCGCCCCCCGGCGCCCCGAAAGCGCCCCGCGGCCGCCGCCCCUGGGGGCAGUAGCGACCCCGUGGCGCUGCUGGAGCGCCUGCUCGGGGGCGGCUCCGGCAGCGCGUCGGGCGCGGCCGCCCUUGGUUCGGGGUCACUGAGCUACGAGGACCUGCUGACGGCGGUGCGCGCCCUGGCCAGCGAGACGGACCCGGAGCGGCUCCGGUACGCGGCGCUGCUCAGCCUGUGGCAGCUCGACGAGGACCAGGAGGCGGACUCGCCCCCGGAGCAGCACCGGACCAGCGUCGCGGCCCGGAUCUCUGGCCGCCUGUCGGUGCUCACGGAGGAGACCCACAGCGUGGGCGGGCGAACGCCGGAGCGCAGCAACAGCGCGGCCUCGGACCGCGGCUCCUCGCCCCACAAGCGGCGGCACAACUCUGUCACCGAGGGUAGCGGCUCCGGCUCCGGGCGCCUGCGGGUGAGCUCGUCCAGCUGCGAGAACCUGCUGCACCACUCGGGGCCGCCCGCCGGGCCGCCCGUCCAGCUGUCCGUCGACGACCUGUGCGUGUUCCUCAACAACCUGCUGCUCGUCAAGUCGGAUGAGAGCGGCUACGAGAGCGACUCGACGAGGAACGGGUCCGAGUCCCCUCGCGGCUCCAUCCGCUCGAGCUCGGCGGCCGCGGCGUGCCUGGAGGCGUUCCCGCGGCCCCGGCCCGCCGUCAGCCGCAGUGCCUCCAACACCUCCUCCGUCGUCGAGGAUGACGUUUUCCUCGAGUCCGGGACCGAGCACCUCCCCGUCGAACGCUCGACCAGCAGCGACUGUGGCGAGGAAGGGGGCGUCUGUAGCAGCAGUGCCUUGUUCGCGCGGAAGAGAGGCAUCCGACGGGGUGACGUCAAGACCCUGGGUAUUUUGGCCAACAGGAGGACAUCCCUGGCGUGCGACAGGUGCAAGACGAGCGUGAGUAGUGAGGCCAGUAGCGUCGACGGGGACGGCUCUUCGAUCCAUCCGGAGCCUCCAACCUCACGCGCGCAAUUGCUCUCUCAGAGAUUGAGCCAACCCCGAUGCGCUCCCACCCCAGGAGGCCAAGGCGCUCGGAAACCACCGCCACACUCGGCCGCGCGGCCUACCGGGCUACACUCCAUGCUGUCGCAGUCGACGCUCUCGCUGACCACCGUGUCUGCCGGCACCGGCGGUAGCGGCGGUGGCGGCGGUGUCGUCGGGGCCUACGGCAAGGAGUUCAAGACGAUUAGGAUAACGAGAGACGCCCGGGGCGACCUCGGGGUGCUGAUCGAGCGCAGAGAGCCGGGCCCGGCCAGCUACAUCGUGUCCGGUAUCGAGACCGGCAGCGCCGCUUACAUUGACGGCAGGCUGCGGGUCGGAGACGAGCUCAUCAAGGUGAGCGGCCGCCGCAUGCGGGGCCUGACGCUGCAGGAGGCGCGGUCUGCGCUGCGCUCCUCGCCGCAGCAGGUGGAGGUGGUCAUCGCCAGGGUGCCGGGGGCAGCCGAGCCCGCGGAGCGCGCGCCCACCCCCACCCAGGGCCCGGGCCGCGCCGAGGAGCUCGAGCCCGCGAGCGGACCAGCCCUUGCCGCGGCCGGCCCCGCCGAGGCGGCCAAAGUCACCGGGAUGAGGAAGUUCUCCUACCGCACAGAGCAGGUGACCCCGCGGCGGAAAGUCAACUCCAGCAGCAGUAGCGGCAGCCCCGCCACGUCCUCGAGCGGGGCCUCCUCCUCGUCCUCCAGCGGGACGUCCUCGUCCGGCCACGCGCCCCUCCCCCUGCCCCGCCACGGGGGCCGCAGGGGCUCGGCGGCUUUCGGAGCUCUCGGCACCCUCCCCCGCAGGCCCAAGUCGCUGUCCAUGAGUCUGUUCACCGUCAUCUUCCAGAAAGGCACAGGCCACAAGUCUCUCGGCUUUAGCAUAGUCGGCGGCCAGGACUCCCCCAAGGGCAGCAUGGGCAUCUUCGUCAAGACCAUUUUCGAGACGGGCCAGGCGGCAGAGGAGGGCACGCUUAGAGAGGGUGACGAGAUUCUCGCUGUAAAUGGAACACCACUUCAAGGUCUCGCACACUCAGAAGCAAUCUCUGUAUUUAAGGACAUCAAAAUUGGCUCUGUUCUCCUUCACGUUGGAAGAAGAGAUCAGCUUCAUAAAAGGAGUAGCAAGUCAAAGUCAUGUGAUGGAUUGGAUAAAUUUGAUUAAGCCUGAAGUGCACAUUUAGAUAUGCAUUUCGUCUGCAAACAUGACUAAAAUCGUUUGCCUGCUUGUGAGCAUUUCUUGCCAGAGAAAUAGGAUUAUGAUCAGAAGACCUAUGGUGGCAAUAUUGUAAAAGCAUUCACAUUUAUAGGCUACAUUUCAAGUGUAAGGCUCAGCCUAACUUGCAACCUGCAUCGGUAGAUUGAUAUCUAUGGCAGUCCUUGGUGCAGGAAACUAUGACUGUGAUAACAAAUAAAGAAAUAUAACUUUUUCAGUUAUAAAUAUACCCUAACUAAAAAACUGUUUGUUAGUAUAUAGGGUAAGAUACUUAGUCUCUUCAGUUCAAAAAUCACUGUGCAAUACAAAAAACAAAACAUAAAAAAAACAACCUGAAGAUUGUCUUCUUUGCCUAUAUUUAUUCUGAAAUAAUCUGUCAGUUUGUAAUUUAACAAACCAAUACUGUAUUCUAGCACAAUAUUUUAAGGGGUUUUAGCAGCAUUGUUAAACCAUACUCAUUUUCUUGUAAAUAAAUUUGUUUUAAAAGA